AUGUUAGUAUAAGAGGAAGAUUAUUUAUUUGACACAGAAUUCACAAUAGCAACAAAAACUAUUCAUAAAACUUGUGAUUAGGCGCAUGGAGCAAUAAAUCCCCCAAUUUACAUGAGCUCAACAUUUGAAUUGAAAGAUGUAGAUUCAUUUGGAAAAGGUUAUUUUUAUACUCGAUGUGGGAAUCCUACAAGAACAGUAGUAGAAGAAAUAGUGGCAGAAAUUGAACAAAAUAAUUAUGCAAUAGCAUUCAGUUCUGGAAUGGCUGCUAUCUAAUGUGUGAUUAACUUAUUAAAAGAAGGAGAUGAAAUGUUAGCUAUGGAUGAUUUAUAUGGAGGAACAAUUGGAUACUUAAAAGCCAUAGCUAUGGAAAAACAUGGCAUAAAAGUUAAAUUUAUAGAUAUGACAAAUCUUGAUGAAGUCAGAAAAUAAAUGAAUGAAAAUGUUAAACUUGUGUAUUUAGAGACUCCAACUAAUCCUACAAUGAAAUUAACUGAUAUUAAGGAACUUUGUUAAAUAGUGAGAUAAAUUAAAAAUAAUGUAGUUGUUGCAGUAGAUAAUACUUUUGCAACACCUUAUCUUUAAACACCCUCAAUUCUAGGAGCAGAUAUUACAUUAAACUCAGGUACAAAAUAUUUAGGAGGACAUUCUGAUAUUUUAUUUGGUACUUUAAGUUGUCGAAAUAAAGAAUUAUAUGACAAUUUAUUUAAGAUCUCUUAUUUAACAGGAGGUUGCCCAAGUCCUUUUGAUUGCUACUUAGUUACAAGAAGUUUAAAAACUCUUGAAGUCAGAAUGAAAUAAUAAAUUAAGAAUGCCUAUAUUUUAGCUAAGUACCUUGAAGGUCAUCCAAAAGUUGAAAAGGUAUUGUAUCCAGGAUUAGAGAGUCAUCCUUAAUAUGAAUUAGCAAGAAAAUAAAUGAGAGCUGGAGGAGCAAUGAUAAGUUUUUAUAUAAAAGGAGGAGCUGCUGAAGUAGAAAGAUUGAUGAAAGGACUUGAAUUGUUCACUAUGGCUGUUAGUUUGGGAGGUGUAGAAAGUAUUGUAUUAUUUCUAUUUUAGGUUUAAUAUAAAUACCAGCAAAAAUGACUCAUUCAGGUUUAACUGAGGAUAAAAGACAAGAACUUGGAAUAACUUAAAAUCUCAUACGUUUAUCAGCAGGAUUAGAACAUGUCACCGAUUUAAUAAAAGAUUUGGAGCAUGCUUUUAAGAAUAUUUGA